AUGACUAACAGUAACACACACAAUAAUUCACCAAUACUCAACAAUAUUAACAGUGACUCAUCUACAAACGAUAAGAAAAACGAUAUCGAUCUUUUGGCAGAUUUAAAAUUUCAAUAUGAGGUUUUGACCAAUGAACUAUUUCACUUGUACAACUUUACAAAUAUAGAUGAAUUUGAUCCACUUUUCAGAGAAAAAAGGGAAAGCCUUGUUUUUUCUGAUUUUUUAAAGGAACACGGAUUAAACCUCGAGAGUACCGAUAAGGAUGCUACUAAUACGAAUCACAAUAUUACUGGUCCAGAUAAUCUUAUUUCCGAUAAUAAUGAUUUACCAGCUUCUCGCAGGAUAAGAAGUAGAAGGAGAAGAGGGAGAAGAAUAGACGGGGGGGAAACAAAAGCAACGGAUACACUAACCGCAACCAAAUAUAACAGCGAUGGAAUUACUUCAAACAUUAAUAAUACUUUGGACGAACUUGUAAAUGCUAAGUACGGACAUUUAAGGAAAAUAUUGGAUGAAACAUAUAAAAAUACAAUACUGAAUACUGAUAGUUUAAAGAAUGAGGAACCUAAGGAGAAUAAUCGUAUUAAUGACAGAGCUAAUAAUAAAAGAUCAAAUACUUUGGAAGAUAAUAAAAUAAAAUAUCAGCACCGAAACCCUUUGAAGAAACAAAAAAAAUCAAAUAUGCUUUCCGAACCCUAUUUAAUGUUAAAUGUAAAUGAUGAAAAACAAAAAGUAGAAGAUCCAUUUUAUUUUACCCCAUCGUCAUCAUCAUCAUCACCAUCUCCUUCUCCUUCUUCUUCCGAAAGUCAGGAUGAAAAAUAUAACUCUUCAAAAUUAAAGUUCAAGUUUUAUGUUAAUUUACCGAAACCAACAGUAACAAACCCAGAAAAUGUAACAAAACCUAAAUUUAACAAUUUAUCGGCAUAUCUAACUUCUUUUAGGUCUUUAGAUGAGGAUGUUGACGAGCAAGAAUAUGAAAAUUUUAUUUCCAAACAAAAAAAGGUAUUUCAAGACAUUAGGAAAGGUGUAGAAAAGGGAGUUUUAGAAGUAAAUUUGGAAAAUCAAUUAUUAAAGGAAAUCACUUUAAAAGAUGUUAACAGUUCGCAAAAUACUAUUAGUAAUAACAUUUUAAGGAAACCCGAGCCUAUUACCUUCAUAUAUAAGCAACAAAAUCAAUUUCCCAUACAAGAUCAUUUAAUGAAUCAAGGUAUCAAAUUAAGUAAAAUAUUCCACAAUAGUACUAGAGCGAGAAUUGCUAGGGCUAAAAAAGUCUCCCAAAUGGUUGAGCAACAUUUCAAACAUAUAUCUGGUGCAGAAGAACGUAUGAAAAAACAACAUGAGAAAAAUAUAAGGGCAUUAGCCAGGACAGCUGCACAGGCGGUUAGAAAAAGAUGGUCGCUAGCCGAAAAGGCAUAUAGGGUUUUGAAGAAGGAUGAAGAAGAGGAAUUAAAGAAAAUACAAGGUAAAAAACAUUUAAGUGAAAUGCUAGAGAAAAGUACUAAAUUACUAGGUGCUCAAUUAAAUAAAAAAAGUCUGGAACUUUCAGAUGAUGAUCUUUCUUUGUCAUCCGAUUUUUCUACAAACGAUGACAAGAAGUUGUCCUCUGUAGAUGAUAUGAAUAUAGAUACUACCAGUGAUGAGGAUAGGGAAGGUGCUGGUAGCCAAUAUUUAACUGGAACUAUAAAGGAUGCCAACGUUUCUCUGGAUGAAAAUAGAGAGAGAAAAGGUGAAUAUGAUGAUUCUAAACUUAGUGUCGAGCAAUUGAAAGAAAAAUACGCUAAAUUAGACGAGGUAAACAUUUUACAAGACACAGAUAUAUCAAUUGGACCACAACCUUUAGUAAACGAAAAUUCUGUAAAUAUAGGUGCUUUAGUAUCUAAAAGUGCAAAAGAAGAAAUAAAUUACAAUGCUAGUCAAAGCGACGUUGACAGUGAAAGCGAUUCUAUAACUACAGAAUAUAGUUCUUCCUCUUCUUCUUCUUCUUCUUCUUCUGCUUCUUCUUCUUCAGAGGGGGAGGAGGAAGAAGAAGAAGAAGAGAAUAUUCAAGGGAAACCAAAGACCCAAUUAGGCUUGUUACUAAAUAAUAAUGAACUUGAAAUAGAGGAGAAAGAUACGAGUUUUGAUGCAGAUUAUGAAGAAGGUAAUGUAACAUCUAAUUAUUCAGAUGAGAAGGGAGAUUUUAUAGAAAAUAAGGAGGAAUAUGAGGGUGAACAAUUGAAAGUUGUUGAUGUUCCGGUUCCCCCGUUAUUAAAGGGAACCCUAAGAAGUUAUCAAAAACAAGGAUUGAAUUGGUUAGCGUCAUUGUAUAACAAUAACACAAACGGUAUUUUAGCAGAUGAGAUGGGAUUAGGAAAAACCAUACAAACAAUAUCCUUAUUGUGUUGGUUAGCAUGUGAAAAGCAAAACUGGGGGCCACAUUUAAUUGUGGUCCCUACAAGUGUUUUAUUAAAUUGGGAAAUGGAAUUUAAAAGGUUUGCGCCAGGUUUCAAAGUAUUGGCAUAUUAUGGGUCGCCCCAAGAACGUAAAAGAAAAAGGAAAGGUUGGAACAAUCCUAAUUCUUUUCAUGUUUGUAUUACCUCAUAUCAAUUGGUAGUUACUGACCAACACAGUUUUAAACGGAAAACAUGGCAGUAUAUGAUAUUAGAUGAAGCACACAAUAUCAAAAAUUUUAGAUCUACCCGUUGGCAAGCUUUGCUAAACUUUAAUACAGAAAGAAGAUUGCUUUUAACUGGUACGCCAUUACAAAACAAUUUAGCAGAGCUUUGGUCACUAUUGUAUUUUUUAAUGCCCAAGACUAUUAUGACAGAUGGUACUGUAAAGGGGUUUGCAGAUCUAGAAGCUUUCCAAAAUUGGUUUGGGAAUCCAGUCAAUAAGAUCAUGGAGCUUGGAACCAAGAACAACGACAGUGGUGACAAAUAUAAUCUGCUAAACAGUACUGAUGAGGAAACACAAAAAACAGUGGAUAAGUUGCAUCAAGUUUUGAGGCCGUAUCUAUUAAGAAGAUUGAAGGCGGACGUUGAAAAACAAAUGCCAGCUAAAUAUGAGCAUAUAAUCUAUUGCAAAUUAUCGAAAAGACAGCGAUAUUUGUAUGAUGAUUUUAUGGCUAGAGCACAAACCAAGGAAACUUUGGCCAGUGGAAAUUUUAUGUCUAUUAUUAAUUGCUUAAUGCAGUUAAGAAAGGUUUGUAAUCACCCAGAUCUAUUUGAAGUAAGGCCAGUUGUCACAUCGUUUGCCAUUUCAAAAUCUAUAUACCAUGAUUAUUUAUAUUUGGCAAAUAAAAUGAUUAUUUCUGAUAGCAACAACAAACUGGAUUUGAACUUUUUGAAUUUAAAGUUUUUAGACAUUAAUAAUGAGCAAAAGAACACGUCGCUCAAGUACGCUGAAAUAUCGAAACUAUCUGUGCUUGAUAGUUUUGUUAAGGAAGUGGCGAAAUUGCGGAAAGAGGCUGAUAGAGACAACUCCAUGACAACAAUGUUUGAUUUUCAAGACAUUGAAGAGUACUACAAACGUUAUAAUCGGUUGCAAAUUGUUUCUGAAAUCAAUAAAUUGCAACUAUUAAAUUAUAUUAAUCAACAUAGAUGUAAACAGGGCAAACCGAAAUUCGGUUUGAAUUUAAUCAAGUUACUUAAGGUUCCCAGCAGCUCUAGUGUAUUGUCAACAAAGUUGGUUAAAAGUUACGAUGAUUUUAUUUUAAAAGAAAAGGGUAUUAUCAAAAAAUUUGCCUUUUUGACACCCAAAAUAGUGGUUUUAGAAAACAAGGAAAUAUUUAUGGGCAUUGAUCCUAUUUCAGUAUAUUUAAAAGGUUAUGAAAAAAAAAUUAUUAGAGAUCAAUUACUAUUGAACGAUAAUGUGAACAAAAACCCUGUUGUUGCCUUUAAUCAUUUUGUUCAAACUAAAUUAAGUAUUGAAUUUCCAGAUAAAUCAUUAUUACAAUAUGAUUGUGGCAAGUUGCAGAAAUUGACCACUCUAUUAGCUGAUUUGAAGAAAAAUGGACAUAGAGUACUAAUUUUUACUCAAAUGACCAAAGUAUUGGAUAUUUUGGAACAAUUUUUGAAUUAUCAUGGGUACUUGUAUUUAAGAUUGGAUGGUGCUACUAAGAUUGAAGAUAGACAGAUAUUAACGGAAAGGUUUAACAAUGACUCGAAGAUAACAGUCUUUAUUUUGUCAAGUAGGUCUGGUGGGCUUGGUAUAAAUUUGACCGGUGCAGAUACUGUUAUAUUUUAUGAUAGUGAUUGGAACCCUGCAAUGGACAAACAGUGCCAAGAUAGGUGCCAUAGAAUUGGACAAACAAGAGAUGUCCAUAUCUACCGAUUUGUUAGUGAACAUACGAUUGAGAGUAAUAUUUUAGACAAGGCCAACCAAAAGAGACGAUUAGAUAAUGUUGUUAUUCAACAGGGGGAUUUUACGACAGAUUAUUUUUCUAAAUUGACAGUCAAAGAUUUGUUGGGGUCAGAAGCACCCGUGGAAUUGAAAGACGAUAGGUUACUGAUUGAAGAUAGUAGUGAGAAUAAAAAGAUUAACAUUAGCAAUGUGAAUGAUUCUGGUAACGAAAAUGUCAAGAAGAGUGGUAAUUUUAGCAAAUUGUUAAGCCAAGUAGAGGAUGAAGAUGACGCUAGGGCAGCAAAAAUGGCGUUGCAAGAAGAAGAAAAUGUUGAUACGGAAGAUUUUAAGGAAUAUUCUGUGGAUAAUAAUAGUGGUAAAAUAGACGAUAUUAAAGGAGAUAAUUAUGAUGAAGAUGAAUAUGAGGGUACUAAACAUGUAGAAGAGUAUAUGAUCAAAUUUAUAGCCAAUGGUUAUUAUUAUGAUUGA